AUGGCUCGUACAAAGCAGACUGCCCGUAAAUCCACCGGAGGAAAGGCUCCUCGCAAGCAGUUGGCCACAAAGGCGGCUCGCAAAAGCGCCCCAGCAACUGGAGGAGUGAAGAAGCCUCACCGUUAUCGUCCAGGAACAGUGGCUCUGCGUGAAAUCCGUCGUUACCAGAAGUCCACUGAGCUUCUGAUCCGCAAGCUUCCGUUCCAACGUUUGGUUCGUGAAAUUGCCCAGGAUUUCAAGACCGAUCUUCGUUUCCAGAGCUCGGCUGUCAUGGCCCUGCAGGAAGCCAGCGAAGCCUAUCUAGUCGGUCUGUUUGAAGACACCAAUCUGUGUGCCAUUCAUGCCAAGCGCGUCACAAUCAUGCCAAAGGACAUCCAACUGGCUCGCCGUAUCCGUGGCGAACACAUGUUUGGAAAGGCAGCUAAGAAGUCUGGCAAGGCCCAGAAGAACAUCGCGAAGGGAGACAAGAAAAAGAAGAAGCCACGCCGCAAGGAGAGCUACGCCAUCUACAUCUACAAGGUCUUGAAGCAGGUCCACCCCGAUACCGGUAUCUCCUCGAAGGCCAUGAGCAUCAUGAACAGCUUCGUCAAUGACAUCUUCGAACGUAUUGCUGCAGAAGCUUCUCGUCUGGCUCACUACAACAAACGUUCCACGAUCACCUCUCGCGAGGUUCAGACCUCCGUGCGUUUGUUGUUGCCAGGAGAAUUGGCCAAACACGCCGUCUCUGAGGGUACUAAGGCUGUCACCAAGUACACGAGCUCCAAAACUACCGCUAUGGCCCGUACCAAGCAGACCGCUCGUAAGUCCACCGGAGGAAAAGCUCCCCGUAAACAACUGGCCACGAAGGCAGCUCGCAAGAGUGCCCCGGCCACCGGAGGAGUAAAGAAGCCUCAUCGUUAUCGUCCAGGAACGGUCGCUCUGCGUGAAAUCCGUCGUUACCAGAAGUCCACCGAACUCCUGAUCCGCAAGCUUCCGUUCCAACGUUUGGUUCGUGAAAUUGCUCAGGAUUUCAAGACCGAUCUGCGAUUCCAAAGCUCGGCCGUUAUGGCUCUGCAAGAGGCCAGUGAAGCCUACUUGGUUGGUCUGUUCGAAGACACCAAUCUGUGCGCCAUCCACGCCAAGCGUGUGACCAUCAUGCCAAAGGACAUCCAGUUGGCUCGUCGUAUCCGAGGAGAGCGUGCUUAA